UACUCUGAAUGAAAAUUUCGUAUUUCAAAAUAAUGUUUUAAUGUUGUAUGUUUUUCAAAAUACUAAAGACUUAAACUGAAAAAAUGCAACAUCUGUAGAAAAACUUUCCAUCCCGACUGUCAUUCGCACUCAAUAGCAUUCACAUCUUUACUUUGGCGCUGCUUAGGCUACUGACCGAAUUUCUUAUUAAAUUAAUUUUAAAACAAAACAAUCUCACAGCACCACCAUAGUCUGUUUGAAUGGAAUCUCCGAAUCUUCAACGGCGACGACCAGUGCAAAUCGGGUCGAGAACUAAGCGAUAUGUUGUUGCGCCUGUUGACACUAAUUUUUCAAUGUAUCUUCACCCUGUCGAUGGUGUUGCAAUCGGUUGUUAUAUUAGCAGAAUCAUCAUCAACAACGACAACCAUUUCAUCAGACGGUAUUGGAAUUGAUUACGAAGUUAUGACCAAUUCCUGUUGGAGUUCGAACGAAUGUCUAAUCGCGGCGAAUUUGCAUUUCAAUUCGGGCAACGUAUUGCCUAUUACAGUGAAUUGUUCGGUAGCUGAAAAUUUAUUUGAUCAAACAAUUAAUUCAAUUGUAAAGCGUCGUUAUGAAAAUAUUAGCUCCGUCACGCUGGAUGGAUGCGGAACAGCCUUGAAUGUUAAUACAUUUGGAUUUGAAUAUAUUCCUAAUUGCGAUAAGAUAACUUCGCUGAAUUUGAGGAAUUUUCAUUUUGAUGAAAUCUAUGAGAUCAUUUGUGGGUCAGGGAUUGCAGUGGAAAAUGUUCGUUUCGAACAUAAUGAGUUUGCAAGUUUAAGUGCUGCUAGUGUUUCGAAUUUGAUUAGUUUAAGGACUUUGAGAUUUGUAAAAAAUAAUCUGAGGCAUAUAAACUCUGAAGCAUUCGAUAGUCUUCAAGCUUUGAGAGAGUUUAGUGUGAUUGACGAAGUGAAUCUAAGAAUACGUUAUGCUAAACUGUUUGAAAAUCUUCUUCGGUUGGAAAAAUUGCACUUGAGUGGUAUUGACACAGUUUCCAGUGAUUUAUUACAGCACCUGCCAGUGAAUUUAGACGAAUUGACUAUAAAUAAAGCGACAUUCGACAGUAGAACUAUCGACUUGAUAGCUCCACCGACAUUGAAAAAUCUCACUCUCACCAACUGUGGCCUAAAGUCUGCAACUAUAAGAGGACAUGAAAUGCUGACGCAGUUAAAUCUAAGUGCCAAUUCACUUAGCCAAUUAUUGUCCUUGAAAAAUUGUACACACCUAAAAAUUCUCGAUUUAAGUUCUAACAAUUUUACUCAACUUCCGCUCCAUCAAUUCGAUGAACUCCAUCAUCUGGACUUUGUCUAUUUGCAAAGAAAUAAAUUGAAAUGUUUUUCAAUGUCGAUGUUUACAAAUUCGUUGAGUCAUUUGCAAAUAAUUGAUUUGCGUAGUAAUGAUCUGAAAUACAUCAAUGACGUCACUGAGCUGCUUGUUUUGAAUACAGAUCUUCGCGUUCUUAUCGAUGGGAACCCCUGGAACUGUUUGUGGUUGGUAAAUAUUUCAUAUAAUUUGCCAGAACAAUAUCGAGUGUUUCGUUAUGAGAAAUUUAUUUCAAAAAUCAAUGUAAAUGGACUCGAGUGCAUGACCUAUCCGCCAGAUGAUAACGAUGCAAUGGAUAAUUCAAUAAAUGAUCGUCGCAAAAAUUCGACAGCAAAAUUCACAAUUGUCUAUGGGGGACCGAGAGAGUCAAAACGAAAUCAAAAAGCUGAAGCCUUGAAAGUCUUCCAUUUAUCUUAUUACCGAAGUCUUCCGUUGGUUCGAAGUUCAGCAGAGAGAUUUGAUAUUGUGCGUCAAUUGCCAUGUAACAAUGCGGCAAACAUUACAAAUCAAGGUUACGAAAUUCCAAUGAAAGGAUGUAAUUGUACUGGUCAUCCGAAUAAGAUUUGUUGUAAGUUGAAUGUUGCCUAUGAGGAUACAACACCACAUCAGAAUGCUGCAAAAGUUUAUGAAGAAAUUAUCGAGUACAAUUCGAGUACUGGUAAUUGUUAUUAUGAACAUUUGAAUAGGGAAUGAGAAAGUACUUAAUAAAGUGAGGAGAAUUUAUUUAUUUAUUUAACAAUUAUUAAUAAUUUUAGUUAUAGAAAUAUAAGAACGAAAAAAGUGCAUGUAUUUAUUUUUGUAUGUAAUAAACUUUCCUAACAAACUUGUGUAUCUAAUUGAAUAAAUCACAGGAAUUCGACUAUCUGA